AUGAUUGGUCACGGGCAGCUCUCUGUGUCUGGGGCGGUUGAUCUAGCAAACCAAAUGAAAGAUGAUGGUUUGGGACACAAGGCAGUGGAAGCAUUGGCUUCUCUGGGAUGUGGCGGAGCCUACCCCAGCAAUUGUGAAAGAGACCUUUUUCGGUGGCUUUCGACUUUGUUUGGAUUCCAGCUUCAGCCAUAUGUCAUCCCCCUGAAGCUUCAAGUUGACAGCUACACUCCAAAAGAACAAGCAGUCCGAGUCUUGCUGCCACAUGAGAUUUUGCACGCGCUAUCAGGGCACCCAUUUGCUUUUGACUCCUUGAUAAAGGGAAACAUGUCUGAUGAAUCUAGAAUGUGUUUCUGGAAACAUUGCCGCAGAUUGGAAGGGUGGAGGGGCCACCCUGCACUGAGUUCUUCACCUUUGGACAGACUUGUCCCAAUUACACUUCACAAUGAUGGUGCGCAAAUGUACACGGAUGACGAGUUUUGUGUGUGGAGCGUGGCUUCAUUGUUUGGAUCAGUCGGACUUGUUCAAGAUCCCCUUCUGCAAAAAUUUCCAUUCGUGAUCAUAGCCGAAAGGCACAUGAGGAGUGAAGCGGUUCGAAAGCAAGUGAACACGACCGUUGCUCAGCUCUUUGCCUGGUCGAUCCAGAUCUCGAUGGAUGGAAAAGCGCCCUCGGUGGGAUUUUUCGAGGAAGAGCUCACAGGGUACAGGGCUGAAAUUGCUGGCCAACAGCUGGCCAAGGGGUGGAGGGCCUGCUAUUUCACCACGAAGGCAGAUCUUAAAGCCAGGAAGAUCAUGCAUGACUUCACUCGGAGUUACAAUUCCAAUUUGAUGUGCGAUUCAUGCCUGGCAGCUUGUGGACAGGGAUGCCCUGAUGGUAUGAACUAUAAAAACACAUCUGACCAUGCCGCAUGGAGAGAGACUAUGAUCGACCACCGGCAAUACUUGGCCAUGCCAGGGCCACAUUCAGUGUGGAGAUGCGUUCCAGGAUGGAAGCUUGAAACGCUGGCUUUUGACCUGAUGCACAACAUUUAUUUGGGAACAGGUCGUGAUCUAGUGGCAUCAGCCAUAAGAACCCUAGUGCGCCAAGGGGUCUACACCCAUGUCAGUGACAACAUGGAAACGGUCUUUGAUCACAUCCACAAAGAAGUCUUGCGGGAUACAAAAGCCUAUGGGUUGAGCCUCCCUGCGAAGCCACCAUUGAACGAUGCCAGCCUGGGAGGCGCCGAUUACGCAGAGUUAUCUUCCAAGUACAAGGCCAUCCACGUUAAGGUAUUGAUUUGGUGGGUGGCUUUGAAAUGCCAAAGGUGUGCAGAUGGGUCGCCUGGUGACCAAGUGUUACAAGUUCUUGCGACCUGUUGCUACAGCCUGCAGCACGCAAUUGAAACCCUGGACUCCAGUGGUCUAGUGAUGAGUUGGGCUUCAGCUUCCGAAGCUGCUGAUGCCCUGAUGUUGCACGCCAAAAGUUUCAGCUGGUUGAGUUCAUAUUUUUUGAGAAACGUGAGCUUCUCUUUCGGAUGA